GAGCACAGACACUACUAAAAUAGAAUCACCAUGGCUAACCAAGCCAAUAUCCGGUCUAAAAGGAUUAAAUACAACACAGAAGAUGAUUAUAUGCUACCGGGACUACCACUGCCAUCACCGGAUUUAUGUCUAUUAAACUCACGACCACUUAGCUGCCUAUAUGGAGAAGCACAGGAACACAGCCAUCGCAGAUGCAUUAGACAGACUAUAUUGCAGACUACAGAUACAGGGCAAGAUGAUGGAGAAUCUGACAGUCAUGCUCAUCAACCUAUAGAUGAACCAGUUACACUGUUAUCCAGAGAUGAGGUCCUAAAGGAACUAAAACUUUACGAAAACACGAUAUCGUAUAUAGGUCUCAGAAUAGCAUCUAAACGCAACGCCAUGGCAACCCUAGCAACGGAUAUGGGUGAUAUUGAAAAGGGAUUCAACCUAUUGCAGCGUGCAGGACGGUUAGGAACACCAUUCCUACCCAUGAACGCACUUAUUAAAGCUAUACAGGCAUGUCAAGCAAGUGACGACAUUGGCAAUAUAUCUGUAACUAACGAUUCUACUCAUAAAAGUAAUCCUGAUGAUCCUAAAACAGGCAAAUCAGCGAUGCCUAUAGACAUGUCACAGUUCCUGGAUAAUCCUGAAGAUGCCAGGAAACUCAUAGAGUCCGUUGUUAAACAAGCAAUGGAUAAUAUUACAAAAGGUAACAAAACGGAAUUCACCUUGAAAGAUCUAUCGCAACUUCCAGUAGUGGAUAACAUGAUGAUGUCACUGUUAGCGCCGCUGAAUAUAGAAAUCCCGGAAAGCAAACUCGUAGCAGACUUAAUAGGCCCUGCUGUACAACCCGAUGUAAAACCAGAGCCAUUAGAAGAAAACAGCGCUACAUGUGACUCCGGUGAUACUGAACAAAGCAAACAGGAGUAUAAACCCAGACCGUUCACUGAACGAUUACUGCAAUUUGUAACCAAACCCAUGUCUAUAAAAAGCUUGGUCAAAUUCAAUGCAUCCGCUAAAAACAGUGAUCGAGGGUCUAAAGCAUCGAAGGUUGAAGUGUCUAAUGAACAGACAGGUGAUGUGGAUGACCAUGACACCGAGUCUGCAUUGGAUGACACUAUCGCGCAACCACCCGAGGAUACACCAGAAGCAGACCUAACAGUAGACCAAAUGCUAGAGAAUUUAGAAAAUGGUAAAUUAUGUAACGGUGCAGAUGCUAAGAACCCAAGGGAUCUAGUCAUAUCGAUAUUGGUCGCCGGACUAUACGAAUUCCUAUCGGUUGAUUUCUUCAACCACUUUCUGCAGGAUAAAAGGCUUGCAGAAUGUUUCGAACAUACCAAUUAAUGUAAUUAAUAAUAUUAGAAUAAUGUCGUG